AUGGAAAUCUGUUGUUCAUUUGAAUCUCCUGUUAUGGAUGAUUGUGGCUACAAUCCAAAAGAUAGAAAAGGGGCUAGGCGAAUAGCAUCUUUGCUGUCGUGUGACAAGGAAAUAGCAAGGCAUUUGGCUCAUUUUUUUCACUCACUGGUGAAACAACUCUACAAACGAUAUUUUCCUUCUUUGCACAUUUUAGAUGAAGUUACGUUACUGUUUGUGGGAGAUAUUUCCUUCGCUGACCCGAUCAAAUACUACGUAGACCACAAGUACCACACGUACAAUGACACUUUCAAUGACGUGGCUUCAUUCAUCAGAGAGGCGGACAUUUCAGUGGGUAACUUGGAGUCGCCAUUUGCUAACAAACAUGUUCUUAAUCACGUUUACCAAGGGAAGAAAAUGGUUUUGCUGCACGCUAGUCCCAAAGCCGCACCAGCGCUCAGGUUUGCAGGAUUUGAUGCCGUAACCAUUGCUAACAAUCACUUGGACGAUUUAGGCGGUGUAGGGGCCAAUUUUACCGCUGAAGUCCUGAAAAAGACGGGUAUAAAGUAUUUUGGAAUAAGCUUUGGAAAAUACGACUCCCUUCAGGAACCUCUAAUUAUAAAAAGAGGCAGGGUCACUGUAGCAUUCCUCGGGUAUUGCAUUACAAAUUCCUCACACACACAGAAAAACUGCAGCGAAUUGAGAAAGUUGUUCGACUCUGGUCCAGCCCUUUAUCGUGAUGAUAUCGCUACCAGAGACAUCAGGAGGCUAAAGAAGGCUAAAGUUGACAUUAUCGUCGUUUUCAUACACUAUGGUAGAGACCUCCGUUUACGACCUCUUCCCUAUCAAAAUCACAUAAACAAACAUCUGUUGUCUCUUGGUGCGGAUCUGAUCAUCGGAGCCCACCCACACGUUCUUCAGGAUCACUGUCUUCAGGAUAAUAAACUUAUCGCUUACAGCUUGGGAAAUUUUCUCUUUCAUAUUAACCGACCACCGAGUGCCGUUAGUCCGGGCGUUUACGGAAGAUUCGGCAGGAAACCUGAUAAAUAUUUGAUUAAUGUAUAUGAGCACUUUACCCUCGGGAACUGCAACGAAUUGAAACUAUCCCGGUUGCUUAAAGUCACCGUUUCAAGGAAAGGAGUUGUGAAUGCAAAGUAUCUUCCAGUGAAAAUCGCUUUUGACAGAAAAAAUAAGCGACUGCACCCUGAACCUACAAAGGACGCAAACUGGAUUACCGUGUGCGGAAAGGAAGAUCAACAUUGCCAAUGUACCAAAAAUUAGAAUGAAGUCUCACUGGGAAGAAGUCAGUCCAUGAAAAUUUCAACUUCCUGGCUCAGUAAACUUCAUAAAGAAGAUGAAUAAAUGGAGUAAAACUGAGUUCGUAUAAUGCAUAAAUUAUUUUGAUUGAUCCAAAUGUGUCACGUGACCGAAUACACCCUGAGCCAACAAAGAACGCAAGAUGGAUUACCGUGUGCGGAGAUGAAGAUCAACGUUACCAAUGGUCCAAAAGUUAGAAUCAAACCUCACUGGGAAGAAAUCAGUCUUUUGUGCUCAGUUCUAAUCGCAGUUGGAGGGAGGGAUUACUUAAUGUGAUCGUAAAUGACUUCAUUUACGAAAUAAACCAGUCAAAUUUCUCGUCUAUAAUAAACAUUGUUUAUUGUGCGUUGUCACAGCGUAA